AUGCAAUUGAAAGAACACAACACUUUAGAAGGUUUACAAAAGAUUAUAAACAUAAGAGCAACCUUAAAUUUGGGUUUAUCCAAAGAAUUACAGUUAAUGUUCCCUGAAACUAUUCCAGUUCCCCGAUUUACAAGUGGUGAAGGUAAUUUCUCUGUUUCCUUAGACAAAGGUAUCUUUAAAUCUCUAUUGUUUAAAAUAACUCAGCAUGAAAGAGAUGAAGUGUUAUUAACUGCAAUUAAAGAAUAUUUUAAUUGUGGAUAUUGUUAUUUAAGAAAACAAGAGAAUACAAUAGAUUUUAAAGUUACAAAAUUUUCUGAUCUUAAUAAAAUAAUUAUACCUUUCUUUAUUAAUAGUCCUAUAUUAGGUGUUAAAUCUUUAGAUUUCAAAGAUUGA